CCCUAGGUGAUUCAUGGCAGGGGACGUGGAAGGGUUUAGCUCCUCCAUCCACGACACCAGUGUCUCUGCUGGAUUCAGAGCACUGUAUGAGGAGGGAUUGCUUCUUGAUGUCACACUUGUCAUUGAAGACCACCAAUUUCAGGCUCAUAAAGCCCUGCUUGCCACCCAGAGCGAUUACUUCAGGAUUAUGUUUACAGCUGAUAUGCGAGAACGAGAUCAGGACAAAAUCCAUUUGAAAGGUCUGACAGCUACAGGCUUCAGUCAUGUCCUCCAAUUCAUGUACUAUGGAACUAUUGAACUGAGUAUGAACACUGUUCAUGAAAUCCUUCAGGCUGCCAUGUAUGUCCAGCUUAUAGAGGUGGUAAAGUUUUGCUGCUCUUUUCUCUUAGCUAAAAUCUGCUUAGAAAACUGUGCAGAAAUUAUGAGACUUCUGGAUGAUUUCGGUGUAAACAUCGAAGGAGUCAGGGAAAAAUUGGACUCCUUUCUGCUAGAGAAUUUUGUGCCACUCAUGUCCAGACCUGACUUCCUUUCAUACCUGAGCUUUGAGAAGCUCAUGUCUUACUUGGACAAUGAUCAUCUGAGCAGGUUUCCAGAGAUAGAGCUGUAUGAAGCUGUUCAGGCCUGGCUGCGACAUGAUAGAAGACGCUGGAGGCAUACGGACACCAUCAUUCAGAACAUCAGGUUUUGUUUGAUGACACCAUCCAGUGUUUUUGAGAAGGUAAAAACAUCAGAGUUUUAUCGAUACUCCCGGCAGCUGCGACAUGAGGUUGACCAAGCCAUGAAUUACUUUCAUAGCGUUCACCAGCAGCCUUUGAUGGAAAUGAAAUCGAACAAAAUUCGUUCUGCCAAACCCCAGACUGCAGUAUUUAGAGGAAUGAUAGGACACAGUAUGGUAAACAGUAAAAUUCUUCUUUUGCACAAACCAAGGGUCUGGUGGGAACUAGAAGGUCCUCAAGUACCUUUACGACCAGACUGCCUUGCCAUUGUGAAUAACUUUGUGUUCCUGUUAGGUGGGGAAGAACUGGGGCCAGAUGGCGAGUUUCAUGCUUCGUCCAAAGUGUUUAGAUACGACCCAAGACAGAACACUUGGUUGCGAAUGGCAGACAUGUCUGUUCCACGGUCUGAGUUUGCUGUUGGAGUUAUUGGGAGGUAUGUUUAUGCGGUGGCUGGGAGAACCAGGGACGAAACGUUCUACUCAACCGAACGGUACGAUAUCACUGAAGAUAAAUGGGAAUUUGUGGAUCCCUAUCCAGUCAAUAAAUACGGCCAUGAAGGGACUGUGCUUGGUAACAAGUUGUAUAUCACUGGUGGAAUUACAUCAUCGUCAACUUCUAAGCAAGUGUGUGUGUUUGAUCCCAGUAAAGAAGGGACAGUAGAGCAGCGAACAAGGAGAACUCAAGUGGUCACUAACUGCUGGGAGAACAAAUGCAAAAUGAAUUACGCAAGAUGCUUUCACAAAAUGAUUUCUUACAAUGGUAAGCUUUAUGUCUUUGGUGGCGUCUGUGUGAUCUUGAGGGCCUCCUUUGAAUCCCAAGGGUGUCCUUCUACAGAGGUGUAUGACCCCGAUACCGAUCAGUGGACUAUAUUGGCUUCUAUGCCAAUCGGUAGGAGUGGUCACGGUGUGGCUGUUCUGGACAAGCAGAUAAUGGUUCUUGGAGGCCUUUGUUACAAUGGGCAUUACAGUGAUUCGAUUCUCACCUUUGAUCCAGAGGAGAACAAAUGGAAAGAAGAUGAGUAUCCGAGGAUGCCGUGCAAGCUGGAUGGCUUACAAGUCUGCAGCUUGCACUUCCCCGAGUAUGUUUUGGAGCAUGUUAGACGUUGCAGCUAA